CUUAGCUAGCAAACGCCGCCAUUAUAGCAGCCGACGACGGCAGCUAGCUUUCAACACUAACCCAGGCCCGGAUGUUUAAGGGGCUCGUUUGGCUGUUUCGCUUCUUUUCUUUUAUCGCCCUCCCCAUUACAGUCGUCUCCAUUUGUGGAUAAUAUAACCGAAAAUCAGUUUACGUCGUAAAUCCAAUGGGCAGCUUUACCGCAAGCUAACGCGACAGCUAGUGGCUAGCUGUGCCCACAACCUGCUUCCACGGAUGCCAAAAGGACAUAUUUAGGAUAACGUGAGUCCUGUAAACUCUGCUGUGAUGCAUUCUCUGGCUCAGGAGAUCCAUGGCUUCUCAAAAGACCGCCUGAAGAAACAGUGCACGCGUGUUACCACAGUGACAGGCAAAAAGCUGCUGGAGAAGAGGACUGAUGGAGGAGAGGGCGAUGUGGAGCAGAUUGAAGACCUGGAAGAGGGAAAUGGAUGUGGAUUUGUUGAAGAUAACAGCCUGGACCUCCAACUUGGUGUCAUCAGAUCGUUCCUCCUGCUGGGCUCUCAGGAUACAGCCCACGACAUAGACACCCUGCAGAGAUAUAAGGUGUCUCAUGUGCUAAAUGUGGCAUAUGGAGUUACUAACCUGUUCCCAGAUCAGUUGGUCUAUAAGACACUCCAGAUCCUGGAUCUCCCAGACACCAAGAUCACUUCAUACUUCGAGGAGUGCAGCUUCUUCAUAGAUCAGGCCAGAGAACAGGGCGGUGUGGUGCUGGUUCACUGUAACGCUGGCGUGUCCCGGUCUUCCUCCAUCGUGAUUGGAUAUCUGAUGCUGAGGGAGGGGCUUUCAUUUGAUGACGCGUACAGCCAGGUGAAACAGGCGAGGCCAUCAAUUCGGCCGAACCCCGGCUUUUAUCAGCAGUUACAGAACUACAAAUCCUAAGAGACUAAAAAUCGUUUUUCUGCUUUUAAAUCUAUAACAACCUAAAUCCAAACCAUAACUGGAGUACUAUGGGGAAGCUUUUGCCCUGUGAUUAAAUGAGUUCAUUAAAUUCUUAAUAAUAAAUUGUAAUAUUAACCAGGACGACAUUUCUGGAAAGAGAGCUUGCUGCUGAGUGUUUUAAAUCUGUAUUUUUGGUGCUUUGAGCACCACAUGGUGAGUGCCAUUUACUUCCAUUAUAGUCAAAGAAUGCAGACAUUUCUACUGGUUGGCUCACACUAAAGCAGCCUGAAUGGGGAAAUAUGUCUACAGGGCAGUUGGAAAACAUGUGAAUUUGAUUUUAGGGUUUGCCUUGAAACUGCAGUUUUGAUUCUUAUGUAAAUUAAUUUGCCAAUAAAUAAUCCGCAUUUGCAUACCUGAUGCUAGUAAGUGUAUCACUUUUAAAAUUCAGCAUUCACUCUUUGUAAUA